AUGAAGAGUAUGCUGCCUGAGCCUUCUAUUCUAGUGUACAACAAUCUUAUGAGUGGACUGUGUGACAAUGGUAGGCAUACUGAUGUUAGAAACUUAUUGAAUGAAAUGACCGAUCUUAAGAUAUCUUUGGAUGUGAUUACUUUCAAUAUAUUAAUUGAUGCAUUAUGUAAAGAAGGAAAGAUGGAAGAAGCUGAGAAUGUGUUGGAAACUAUGACGAAGCAAAAUAUAUGUCCCACUGUGGUCACAUAUAAUUCAAUAUUUGAUGGAUUUUGUAUGAAAGGUGAAACUGAUAGAGCAAAACAGUUACUUGAUUCCAUGGUAGGGAUGGGCUUAAAGCCUAAUAUUGGUAGCUAUAGCAGCUUAUUGAAUGGAUAUUGCAAGAAGGGAAGCGUGGAUGAAGCUUGGCUUCUUUAUCAUGAAAUUCCCAGUAAAGGUUUGGAGCAUAAUACGCGUACUUAUAGUACCAUGAUACAUGGAUUAUAUAGUAAGAAUAGAUUUGCUGAGGGUCGGAAAGUUUUCAAGGAUAUGGAAGCUCAGCAAGUGCAGCCUAACUUGCAUACAUAUACCAUAUUGUUGUAUGGGCUGUGUAGGAAUGGGGAGAUUGAUGAGGCUCUUUCGUUGUUGAGCAUGAUCGAGGAUAAGGGAUUCACUCCUAACACAGUCACGUACGGUGUUGUCAUAAAUGGAUUAUGCAACAAUGGAAAACAUCGCAUGGCAAGAGAUCUUUUCAAUCAACUUCCAUUAAUUGGUGUACAACCUGAUGUGCACAUAUAUAAUAUGGUCAUUGGUUCAUUUUGUCAAGAAGGGUCUUGGGAGGAGGUAAAACGUUUGCUGGUAGAGAUGGAGGAUCGUGGCUGUGGACCUGAUCAUGUAACAUACAAUGUCAUCAUCGGGAGUCUGCUAAAGCAAAAUGAGGUUGACAAGGCAAGAUCAUUCAUGGAAGAAAUGCGUGAAAAGGGAUUCUCAGCCGAUUCUGCAACUUCUUCGAUGCCAAGUGGAUAUGAUUAUUUCCUCAAAUUGAUGAAGGACCUUGAGGCCAGGGAAAUUGUAUUCUAGUCGAUAUCAAUUGGAGACAUCGCUGUUUCUAGUGCAGGUAAACGCAGUCUAAGAGCGCAAGGUUUAUGUAUCGGAUCUUCAGGCUGAGUUCGAUUCUUUAUAUGCUUGUGAUAUACUGAUAUAUGAGUUCCUUAUUGCUGCAUGAUGUAAAAACAACAUUCUAAUAUUAUGAAACUAUGGUAUUUGUUUGCAAAACAUGUUAUAUUUUGUUGUUGAGGGUGCUACCUAUGCAUUUUGCAU